AGAUUUUCCCUCUAUUCCUUAUAUCUCUCUCCAGCGAAGGCGUAGUUCAUUGACUCUAGAUCAAACCAUUGAGCAAAGAGAAAAUUCCGAUUCAGACACAACCAAGAAAUCAAAACACUGCAAUGGCGUAUAGGGUCAAAGGAGAAUCAUUUUCAACCUCUUCUAAUUCAACUCCAAAAUGGAAACAUGAUGUUUUUUUGAGUUUUGCAGGAAAAGAUACUCGCUUGAAUUUUACAGAUCACUUGUAUUCUGCUUUUAGUCAACGUGGCAUACGAGCUUUUAAGGAUGAUAAAGGAAUAGAGAGAGGAGAAGUCAUAUCACAACAAUUAUUUCAAGCAAUUGAAGACUCUCUCGUUGCUGUUGUUGUUUUCUCUCAAAAUUAUGCAAAUGCUGCAUGGUGUUUGGAUGAACUUCAAAAGAUCAUUGACUGCAGAAAUAAAUUGGGUCAACAAGUUUUCCCUAUUUUUUAUGGUGUAGAUCCGUCCGAUGUACGGCAUUUAAGAAAAAGUUUUGCAUUAGCUUUAGCUAAACAUGAAGAGAGAUUUAAAGGAAGCAAAGACAAACUGCAGAAAUGGAAAAAUGCUUUGUUGGAGAUUAGCAAUUUGUCAGGUUGGGACACGAGUGGUCGGCCUGAAACACAAGUUAUCCAAGACGUUGUUGAAGCAAUAUGGAACAAACUAUGUUCUAAAUUGCCAUCUUAUGAUGAUUAUAAUUUAGUUGGAAUGGUCUCAAGGAUAGUUGAAAUAAAUUCACUUUUGAAGAUAGGGUUGGGCGAGGUUCUUUUUGUAGGCAUAUGGGGCAUGGGCGGUAUAGGUAAAACAACUCUUGCUAGAGUUGUUUAUGAAAACAUCUCUGACCAAUUUGAAAUAUGUUGCUUUCUUGCUGAUAUUAGGGAAACUUCUGAAAGAAAAGGCAAAGUUUAUUUACAAAGAGAGCUUCUUUCACAUGUAAGUAAUAUUAAAAUUAAGAAUGAGUUCGAAGGAAAGAAGGAAAUAAGAAAAUACUUUUGGAAUAAAAUGGUUCUCCUUGUUCUUGAUGAUAUAAAUCAUGUGAGUCAAUUGGGUAAUUUGGCUGCUAUUCCAGAGUGGUUUGGUGAGGGUAGUAGAGUAAUUAUAACAACAAGAGAUAAGCAUUUGUUGACUUCACAUGGAGUUCAUGGAAUAUAUGAGAUUGAACCCAUGAAAGAAGAUGAAUCUCUCAAGAUCUUUUCAAAGGAAGCAUUCAAAAAAGAUCAUCCUGAAGAGGGCUAUGUGGAAUUGUCUAAAUCUGUGGUUGAAUAUGCUGGUGGUCUUCCUUUGGCGCUACAGGUUUUAGGUUCUUUUCUUCACGGAAGAAGUGUACUUGAGUGGGAAGAUGCUUUAGACAGAUUGAAACAAAUUUCAGAUAAGGAUGUUUUUCAGAUUCUUAAAAUUAGCUAUGAUGGAUUAAAUGAUGAAGAGAAGGCAUUAUUCUUGGAUAUUGCAUGCUUUUUCAAGGGAUGGGAGAAAGAUGAAGUAAUCCAAAUUUUGAAAAAUACUGGUCUUCAUUCGUCAAUUGGAAUAAGUAUCCUCAUUGAAAAAGCUUUGCUAGUUGAACACCAUACUGAUUUUGGAACAUGCCGUUUAGAGAUGCAUGAUUUAUUUCAAGAAAUGGGCAGGAAUAUAGUUUAUCAAGAAUCUCCUAGCAUUGCUUGCAGACGCAGUAGACUGUGGAAGAUCGAGGACAUUGAUGAAGUAUUGGAAAACACUAUUGGAACUGAAGCAAUACAAAGCAUUGUGUUAGAUUCCUCACAACGGGAUGAUCCUGAAGUCUAUUGGGAACCUCAUGCUUUUUCGAAGUUGUUUAAUCUCAGAUUACUCGUCAUUCGAAGAAGAUUGGAACUUCCCAAUGGUCUCAAAUGCCUCUCUAGUGCAUUAAGAGUUAUUCAAUGGCAAUUUUGCCCUCUAGAAGCUCUUCCGCUCGGGACACCAUUGAAUAAACUAGUUGAUAUUGAAAUGCAACAAAGUAAUAUAAAGCAACUUUGGUACGGCGUACAGCUUGUCAGCGUGAAUUUGUGUGGAUGCACAAGUCUUAAAGUCAUUCCAAGAAAAUUGGAAACGAAUUCAUUGGAGAAGUUACUCCUUAGGCGUUGUUCUGAAGUUUCAAUGCUCCCAGAGUUUGGGGAAGGCAUGAAAACAUUAUCAUUGCUUGACGUGAGUUAUACUGCUGUAAGGGGACUUCCUCAGUCAUUUGGAUUUUUGACCGGUCUUAGAGAUUUGAAAAUGAGAAAUUGUGAACAUCUUGUUUUGCGCUUGUCUGUCUUCCACCAUUUGAAGAAUCUAAAAACGGUUGACAUGUGUGGUUGCUUAAAACUUUCCAAGGGGCCAAAAAGACUGAAUGAAAUCGUAGCCUCGGAAAAACACGACAUGAGUGAAAAUUUCAGAACAGACAUGACUCUGUUCAGUGCUAUAGUAAGCAAUCAAGUCUUCAGCUUUAAUCCAUCGGCAAUAACAGAGUUAGACUUAAGCGCUUGUGGCCUCAGUGAUGGAUCAAUUGUUGAACAUUUCAGUGGUCUCUCGUCAUUACUUGUGUUAAAUCUUGGAGGGAAUGAUUUUGUUAUUCUACCUGAUGGUUGGAUCUGUAGUUCUAUUCGACUACGCUUUCUUUUUCUGAGUGCCUGCAGGAGGCUUAAGUCACUGCCCAAGCUUCCACCACAGUUAAUUCGAUUAGACGCAGUGGGCUGUAAUUCAAUGGAACCUUUAUCAGAAAGACAAUUAUGGAAUAUGGUUUCAUCGCUUCACCAUGAGUAUCGCCAUCAAGUUAAAUAUGAGAACACACUGCUCAAGCACAUUGAGGUAGCAGAAUAUUUUCCCCAGAGAGAUUUUUUCGCAAUUAUUCGGGGAUCUGAGAUACCAUCAUGGUUCCCAAAUAACGAUUAUGUUGCUUCAGAUUUGUAUAGAUCUAAAUGUGAGUUAGUGAUGAACAUUCCUCAGCAUGUUCGUGCAAGUGAAUGGUCCGGACUUGCGGUUUGCAUCAAGUUACAAAUCAUGCCGUGUGUAUUUGAUAGUUUUCACAUUUCAUGGAGUAGUAAAGCUCCUGAAGAUGAUCAUUACGUUAGGAAAAAGUGGGCCCAUGAAAUUCGCGUUGUCGAAAAGGAGGGUCCUCACAUCUGCAUAAUGGUGCUGCAUUUGAACGAGAAAACAUGUUGGCAACAUCUAAGAGGUCAUGAUAAUUGCCUUCAUAUCAAAUUUACCUUUCAUUCUCCAUCUCGUGAGAUGCUCAAGAUAGGAGGUUGUGGAUGGCGUGUGAUGUGUAAAGAAGACUUGGAAGAGUGGAGACACAAUAAUUAUUGGAACAAAUCAAGUACUCAAGAAGAGAUUGAUGAUUCUGAGGUCCGCCUUCCUCACACUGCUUUGGACAGAACAAUAAAAAUUUUUCAAUAAAAAAGAGAGAAAUGGGUAAUCUUCACUCAUGUA